AUGCAGAUCUUUGUCAAAACCCUCACCGGCAAGACCAUUACCUUGGAGGUCGAGAGUUCGGAUACCCUCGACAACGUCAAAGCCAAGAUACACGACAAGGAAGGUAUUCCUCCUGAUCAGCAGAGGCUCAUUUUCUCCGGCAAGCAGUUGGAAGAUGGCAGAACCCUCGCGGACUACAAUGUUCAGAAGGAUUCCACCUUUCAUCUCGUCCUCCGUCUUCGUGGCGGUAUGCAGAUCUUUGUCAGAACUCCAAUUGGGAAGACCAUCACUUUGGAAGUUGAAAGCUCGUUCACCAUUGGUAAAAUGAAGUCGAAGAUUGAGGAAAUAGAGUGGAUUCAACCGCAACAUCAGCUUUUGACCAUUGCUGAGAAGACCCUCGAGGGUCCAAGAACUUUGGCGGAUUAUAACAUCCAAAAAGAAUCUACAUUGCACCUGAGUCUGUCGUUGGGAGGAAAUAUGCGGAUUUUCGUUAAGACAUUGGCAGGGGAUACAAUCUCGCUGGUGGUGGAGAGCUCGGAGACCAUUACUAAGUUGAAGAAAAGGAUUCGAGACACAGAUAAGACUCCAAUAUCUCAAUAUCGUUUGAUCAUUGCUGGAAAGAAUCUAGAGGAUGGUAGAACUUUGAGUGAUCAUAACAUCCAAAACGAAUCUACAUUGCACAUGGUUCUAAUAAGGUUUCUAUCAGGAACUGACAUCUAG